AUGCAGUUCAAAGCCGAGUUUCCAGCCGUGCCGUCAGUAGCACCCUCAGAGCCAGGGGAUGUAGGAGGAGAGGACUUAGUGCAGAAGGAUUUGGCAGAGAGAUCAUCCAAAUCGAGAAUUGUGACCAUCCGUUUGCCAUUUGAUGAAAGUACUAUUCCUGUAGCAGGUCGCAAAUCAUUACCCUUGAAAAAUGCACCAUCAGCCGUUUUGGCACAGUCAAGUCUUGUACGCAACGAACGAGAUUUAAAUAGAAGCGCGGGACUCUUCCCAGUAACGGAAUGA